CUUCCUCAUGCUAUGACAGCUAAUAAUCAUAUAACAAUGUAUGUAGGAUAAGAUCAGACAGAAGUUUAGUAAUAAGAAGUUCUUUGGUUGUCUGUGGAAGUUUUGAAAAAAUGCCAAAAAGCUCUUGUGAAAUAAUUCUUUGCAAGGGUUAAGUUAUCUUUUUUUUCUGGACAGUUUGCACUGAGUGACCAUGGCUGAGUACAAGCUAGAGGUGUCAACAGGUGACAUGGAAUAUGCAGGGACAUGGGACCACAUAUAUGUCACUUUAUUUGGAACUGAAGGGCAGAGUGAGCGAACUGAGUUGGACAACUACGGCACUGACUUUACAACCGGGACAACAGGGACCUACACCAUAGACACCGGUGAUUCUCUGGGGAAACUUCUGCUGGUCAAGGUGGAGAAAGAUCCCUAUUUAAGUCUUCCAGAAGAUCAGUGGUACUGCUCCAAAAUAGUGGUGACUACUCCGGAGGAAGAUGUCAUUCUUUUCCCCUGUUACAAAUGGGUGUCCAGCGGAGAACUGGUGGAGCUGAGAGGAGGGAGAGCCAUGAAGGUUUCAGAGGAGGAACAUCCCCUGUUGAUUGAGCACCGCAAAAAAGAGCUGGCACUUAAAAAGAGCCUUUACCAAUGGCAUAUCGACCAUGAAGGAAUACCCCACUUCACCGGUUUAAGUGAUUCGUCUGAGCUCCCAGCUGAAAUCCGCUUCUCUAAGUCGAAAGAAUCUGAAAUAGAACACACAGCUUUGAUAACUGAUACUGAACUCAAGUAUAAGGGGCUGGUUGGAUCUACUGAACAAUGGAAAAGCAUUGACGACAUGAAAGACAUCUUCUGGUACAAAAAGACAACAAUGUCAGGUAGAUAUGUCACAGAGCACUGGAAGGAAGAUGACUUUUAUGGAUCCCAGUUUUUGAAUUCAGUCAACCCCAAUGUGAUCAAGCGUUGCUCAGAGCUUCCUCCAAACUUUCCAGUCACAGAGGACAUGGUGAAGCCAUUCCUUGAGGAGGAUAGCUCUCUGGAGGAGGAAAUGGAGGAUGGCAAUAUAUUUAUCUGUGACAAGAAGGAGAUGGAUGGAAUACCCGCUAGACACUAUAAUGGUGAACGUCUGCAUGUGACUCCUGGUCUCUGUUUGUUCUACUUGAACCCAGAGAAAAAACUGAUGCCGAUUGCAAUACAGCUGCAUCAGCAACCUUCUGAGCAGAAUCCCAUCUUUCUGCCCAGUGACCCAGAGACUGACUGGCUGCUGGCUAAGAUGUUUUUUAAAAAUGCAGAUCUUAUGGAUCAUCAGGCAGUCCAUCACCUCAUGAAAACUCACUAUCUGGCAGAGGCCUAUACUAUUGCCACUCUCCGCAACUUCCCUGUGAUACAUCCCAUUUAUAAGCUGCUGAUCCCACACUUCCGGUACACUCUCCCCAUUAACACUGAUGGACGCAAAACUCUUUUUGGACCUGAAGGGGCUUUAAGUAUUAGUUCACUUGGAUAUGAGGGGCUGACAGAGAUCCAGAGAAGGUCUCUCUCUGAGUUGACCUACAGCUCCCUCUGUCUGCCGGAGAACAUCACUGCACGAGGACUGGAGUCAAUCCCCAACUUCUACUACAGAGAUGACGGCCUGAAGCUGUGGAACAUCAUCAAUAGCUUUGUAACAGAAAUAGUGGAGUACUAUUAUCCUUCAGACUGUGAGGUGGAAGAGGACUCUGAACUGCAGGAAUGGAUCAGUGAGAUAUUCACCCAUGGUGUCUUAGGAAACAAAGCCUCAGGGUUUCCUGAAUGCUUCCAUACUGUCGAAGAAGUGAUCAAGUUCAUCACCAUGGUGAUUUUCACUGUGACAGCUCAACACUCUGCCGUCAAUGAUGGACAGUUUGACUACACCUCCUGGAUGCCCAAUGGCUCUCUCCUGAUGCGUAAACCCCCUCCAACCACCAAGGGAGAGUCAAGCAUGGACACAAUAUUGGAGACCCUACCAAAUGUUGGAGAGACAGCAAGCUUUGCAGCACUGGCUUGGAUACUAACAGAAAAAUACACAGAUGUGGUUCCCCUGGGUACGUACCCUGAAGAGCGCUUUGAUGAGGCUCCACCUAAGCAGAUGAUUAAAGAGUUUCAAGAGGAGUUGUCCAACCUCAGUGAAGAAAUUACAACCAGAAACUCACAGCUUAAAGUGCCCUACACCUAUCUGAACCCAGCUGAAAUAGAGAACAGUAUAACUAUUUGAGUCAGUCUGAGGGAGACAUUUUUUCCUUUCUGCAUUAGUGAACAAUAUCCAUACCUUUUUCAAAACUUGUCUUGCAUGCUGGGUUGAGUUUUAAACUUUGAUUUUGGUGAAUACAAAAAGUGAGGUGGUAGAAACAUACAGUGCUGCUUGAAAGUUUGUGAACC